AUGUCUGUUCAAAUGUCCAAAGAAGCCAUGUUGGCAGAGAUUCAUACACUCGAACAAGCAUUGCAGGGGGAAGACCCUUCAGUAAUCGUUUCCCGCCAUAUAAAGCUCCUCCAUGACUACAACGAGUCCAAAGAUGCUGCACAGGCGUUGAUGGGAAAGCUAGCCAUUGCUAAAGGAACAACUGUGACGCGGCUUCACGAGAAAUACCAACUGAGUUUACGUGAUUAA